AUUUAAUGAAUCGUUAAACAAGUUAGCUCUCUCAUAAUUCCUCGAGUUAAUUAUUCUAUUCAUAGUAUUUAAAGUAACAGCAAGUAAGUCCGAUUGCUGAAAGAUUUAGUGGAGAUGAAGUUUAUGAGCUUAGAAAGAAAGUUGAUUAGCUAACAAAAUAAUUAGAAUUCAAAGAUAAGAUGAUAAGUGAGUUGAGAGCUCAUUAGAAACUAUUGAUGAAUCGUUUGCCUGAAUAGAAACAAUUUCAAUAAGAAAAUUUUACAGACAGAUUAAAAGAAUUUGAAUAAAAAUUGAAAGAGAAGGAGGUUUAAUUUCAAAAUUAAUUGAUUGAGAGUAGUUUGUUGAUUAAAGAAAAUCAAAGUUUAAAAUAAGAGAUAAUACGAUUAGAAAGCUGUAUUAAAGAUCCUGCAAUACCAAAGUUCGUUAAUUCAAUAGUUGAUUUAGUAAUUUAAUGUCAUCCAUAAAAUCAUUUUCCAAACUCUAAACCUGAUUUAAGAGAGUGUUGGAGAUGGUUGAAAAAGAUUCUUAAUGAUUACAUUCAGCUAAAGUAGAGAAAGAAUUGA